ACUCCAUCCAGAAGCAACAAACACAGCAUAAUGGCAUCCGCUUCGGGAGACCAAGUCCGAGUGGUCUCUAGCUCCGCUUCCACCAACAACGAAGAGUGGACAGAACUGGAAUACACACAGAGAAUGGGACGCAUGGAUGAAACCCCAGUCAUCAGAAUGCCUCCCCGGAUAAAGCUCCACGAAGAGCACUACCCAAGCUUCACCGGUCACAAAGUCCUCAUGAUGCGGCAGUUUCUCAAAGACAACAACGCCAACCUCGGCCAGCUCUUGACGACACUUGGAACAGACGAACAUCAGUCCAUCGACAUGUUCAUAGCGAGGGCGUAUAACGCUACCAUUUCGGACCAGCAGCGCAAAAUCAUGAGCAAGCAUCAGAACAUUCCGUUCACCUUUUGCUAUAUCAAAGGCGAAUGCGGCCCUACUUGCAAGUUUCGAGUGCGGAUUGACGGCGACGCUGGCCUUGGAGUCGUCACAGGCUGUGUUUCUCACGACGUCGUCAAGACCUGGUUGAACGAGGACCCCAACUCUGGCUACCCCACGUGUGUUCCAUCACGCCCACCCCACACACACUACGACGAAAAGUUCCUAGUUCUGGACGUCCAGUACAAGAUCCUGCACUGCUUACUCACGCAUGAAAAUCCAUACAAACAAGCAAUCAAAUCAAAAAGGGAAAUGUGGAAAGACUUGGAAGACUGUUUCAUGGAGGUCUUUGGGCGGUUUGACAAGGACGACCUUCAUCGACUCAAGACCGAAGACGAUGGCAUCUGGUGUGAAAUGUUCGACCUUGUCUGCCACUUGGCUAAUGAGGAACACAUCUUGCCGAGACUGAGCGAGGCGAGACAGGCUAUUGCUGAAGCAUCCUGACCAGACGAGGAGACUUGCGAGAUGGAUCAUAAGGGUGGAACGGACUGCCUGAUGGUUCCUAUGAACAGGGGCAAGGAAAAAAAGGGGGGGAUUGAUGCAGUAUUGUGGCCUCCUGUGGGCUGACAAGGAGCUCACCGAGGCCAACAACGCCCGAUUACAAUGUCAUCAUACGUGU